AUGUCGGACACCCAGGAGUUCGUUAAAAAAUGCAAAAAAUGUCAAGAAAAUGCCAACUUCCACAAAGCACCACCCGAAGAACUCAACCUGAUGAUGGCCUCUCGACCUUUUGCCCAAUGGGGAGUCGACCUCUUAGGAUCAUUCCCACCUGGGCCUGGGCAAGUGAAAUACUUUAUAGUAGCCAUAGACUACUACACCAAAUGGGUAGAAGCAAAACCACUGGCUAGCAUAUCUUCAGCGAAUUGCCAAAAAUUUAUGUGGAGGCUAGUGGUCACCAGGUUUGAAAUCCCAGAAACUGUCAUAUCGGAUAACGGGACACAGUUCAACGACAAGAAGUUCAAAGGAUUCCUAGCAGGAUUAAAAAUCAAGCAAAGGUUCUCCUCAGUCGAACACCCCCAAACCAACGGCCAGGUGGAGGCAGCUAACAAAGUUAUCCUAAAAGGGUUAAAGAAGCGACUUCAGGGAAAGAAGGGCUCAUGGGCAAACGAGCUAUGUUCAGUCCUAUGGUCUUACAGGACCACCCCUCCCCCGAUCAUCUACCGGCGAAACCCCCUUCCGACUCACAUACGAGGUCGACGCAGUCAUCCCAAUCGAAAUCGGGGAAUCGAGUCCAAGGUUACUCCUCGGAGGAGGAAGUGA